CUUCGGCUCUCCUCCCGUAGCUCCCUUGCGCCCCCCUACUUUUCUCUCCACCUCCCUCAAAGGGACUCACUGCUAGUAACACCGGCAGGUUUAAGCAGACUGUCAGCAAACGAGAAGGACACAAGAGGGAAACUUAUUUUAAAUACCAAAACGUUUUUCCGCUAAAAUAACAGAAAACUACGCGGCACGAUAUUCCCUGUUAUUGAACCUCUACCAUAGAACAACAGACAGACUGACUGACCGACAGACUGACAGACUGUAAAAGUAAUUUAACAACAUUUAGUACCAAUGUUUUAAAGACAGGACCUGAGGGGAGAGCUGAAUAAACAGACUUUAUUAUAGAGAAACAAACACAUACCAACAACAACCAGCUCAAACAGACAGCUAGCUGGACUGAGAAAGACGGGUCGAGAAGCAGACAGACUGACUGACUGACUCAAAACACUGAGGAUCAUCAGGGCCUUGUAUAAAUGGCUGACAAACAGAUCAGCAUUAUUGGGGGGGUGCUCUUCAUGUCCUCUCCAGUUUGCCUGCCAAGCUGAUAAAUGGGGGGAUCGCGGGGCUGAUCGGAGUGAGCUGUGUGUUUCCUAUUGACCUUGCCAAGACCCGCCUACAGAACCAGCAAAAUGGAUCCCGUCUGUACACCAGCAUGUCUGACUGCCUUAUCAAGACCAUCCGCUCAGAGGGAUACUUCGGAAUGUACAGAGGGUCGGCUGUUAAUCUCACCCUGGUCACUCCAGAGAAGGCCAUCAAACUAGCAGCCAAUGACUUCUUUAGGCAAUACCUCUCCAAAGAUGGUCAGAAGCUGACCCUGGUGAAGGAGAUGCUGGCAGGGUGUGGGGCGGGUACAUGUCAGGUUAUUGUGACGACUCCAAUGGAGAUGUUGAAGAUUCAGCUUCAAGAUGCUGGGAGAGUCGAGGCCCAGAGGAGGCUGAUGCCGGAGACCGUGGCAACGGGGGCGGUGCCAGCCAAGUCCCCCACUGCCCUGCAGCUGACCAGGGAACUGCUCAAGGACAAGGGGAUCGCGGGCCUCUAUAAGGGCCUGGGGGCCACAUUGCUCAGGGACGUGCCUUUCUCCAUCAUCUACUUCCCCCUGUUUGCCAACCUGAACAACCUGGGGAAGAGGGGAGUGGAGGGCCCCGCCCCUUUCUAUGUGUCCUUCCUGUCUGGCUGUCUGGCUGGCAGCACGGCUGCCGUGGCGGUAAACCCGGUCGACGUGAUAAAAACUAGAAUCCAGUCUAUGAACAGAGCAGGUGCAGAGGACACGUACAGUGGGGUAACUGACUGCAUCAGUAAAAUCCUGAAGAACGAAGGUCCCACGGCGUUCCUGAAGGGGGCGUACUGCCGUGCCCUGGUCAUCGCACCCUUAUUUGGUAUCGCCCAGGUGGUCUACUUCCUGGGGGUGGGAGAAUACAUCCUCAGCUUCCUGCCUGGCAACUAAGUGACAAGAACGUCGACCAAUCAGAUCUCUGCCUUUCACCGCCCUUCCUCGCAACUGUGCCCUUCACCGACCACACACCGAUAGAUUCCAGCGAUAGAUUCCAGCGAUAGAUUCCAGUGAUAGAUUCCAGCGAUAGAUUCCAGCGAAAGAUUCCAGCGAUAGAUUCCAGCUUGGGCACGUCUUCUGUCACGACGUGUUCAGCAGGCCGCAAAAUUGUGGAACGUUCAGAUAGAAAUAACUUGUGUAGAACAAGAGAUGCCUCUCUGACAUAGACAAGGAGUGCAGCAUUGCAUCAGUUCUAUCCCUGACAUUUGUAUCUGCAACCUUCCACAACAUUUGCCUCGAUCGAACGUGGCCCAGUUCUCGGCCUCCCAACUACAUCGACAGGAUCAACGACGCCUACUCCGAUCAUGAAAUCGGGUUUGGAUCGGUCAAAGUAAGACUAUAAGCCUUUUUUUCUUUUUUGUUGUACCCCUUUUGGCUCACAAGCAACCCUAGGUCAAACAGAGGCCUAUAUUCCUUUAAUGUCCAUGUUGAGCUGAAUGUUAUGGUUUUGAGCACACUGACAGAUGUACUAGGAGAGAGAUUUUGGCUGCCAAGUCAAAUGUAGUUGGCAACACAGAUUCCAGUGGAAUUGAAGCAAAUAUCAUGUUGUUCUUUAAUGAGGAUUUUCUUUUUUUGGGAAUAUUUUUCUUUUGUUUUAAAUGUGGGCAUGUUUGAUGAAUUACAGGGUAGAUCUGUUGUGUGAACAGCUUGCAUCUUUUGUAAGAGGUUCUACAGUGUUUAUGUCUGUCUGACACUAGAUGUGGCAAAGACAAGAUCACCUUGGUGACCAGCCUAUCAGUCACAUUUCACGGCAGUUACAUAUCUUGUGACAAACCCACUAAAAUAGUUUAUCCUAUUUUUUUUAAAACAAGUGUGAUUUUUAAAAAAGUUCUCAAGAAAAGAAAGGAUCGUUAGUAGUUAGAUUAUUUAAAGUUCACCCAGCAUGCUCUUUAAAGAAACAAAACGCUCUUGAUUUGUUAUUAUUUCUGUUGUGUAUUCUAUGAAUUAGACCUGAACAAGAUCAAAAUGUAUUUUUAAAUGUGUUUCAAGCCAGGAGCCAUAGAAUGUGUUAAGUUGUUUCAGUUGUACAAGACAAUAACAGCACACUCCAUUGGCUGUCUAAGCUAAACAACCCAAUCAUCCCUGCCUGUGAUUGGAUGUAAAUGCCAUUCAGCCAAUCAUCUUGAAGCUCUUGAGUUGACCCAGAUUGCCUUGUCCCUGGGGUCUUCUCCUUCUCUCUCUCCUAGCAGAAAGGCAGGAACUUACUAGCUAGGCCCCUAAAGCACGAAGAAAUCAGUAACAUAACAUGAAUAGAAGUAUCAUUAUAAUAUCCAGCAUUCCUUUUGCACCUUGAAAUCAUUCCAAUAUCAUAUCAGAGUAUCAGAGUGGGGUUGAACGGAAACAUGCUGAAAGAGACAUAGAAAAACCCUUGUCAUCAUUCCCAAGUCAUUUCAGAAUGGAGGAAGGGCCCGAGAUUAUUAUCUAACCCUUACGAAAGCAUAAUGCCAUAAAAACUAUAAGAAGUUAAAAAAAAGACAGUACCUGAAAAGGUUUUACCCUGAUUAUUGUAGUGGUUAUGUUGUUGGAAUGUAAUGAACAGUUAGAUACAUGUACUCCCAUGAAUGGGCCAGACACAGUAAUAACAGUAUUAUUUUACAUACCAACAGCAGACUGAUCUGCAAAAAGAUUUAAACCAGGAUCAACAAUAAUUGUCAUAAUAGAAAUUCAGUACUUAACUAAAAGCACUGGAGCUUAUAACUGUUUACUUAACACCUGUCCAUUGUAGAGUAUCUAUGCCUUAGCACAGUGUUUUUCAACCCUGCUCCUGGUCGCCCCCCUGCCCUGCAUGUUUUAGAUCUCUCCCUGCUCCUGGUCACCCCCCUG